AUGACACACUCUGCAUAGAGGAGCGGAUAUUUGAUGCUGUCUCUCAAAACUUUGCCUCCAACAAAAGAAAGAGGAGGCAGAUGGAAAAUGGUACAUACGAGCAAUACCAAAGGGAACAGAAGAGGAGACAAAGAAUUAAAAGGAAACUGGAGAAGAGACUGACAGUGGUUACUGAGGAAGAAAAGAAGUCACAAUUGUUUGAUUCAUUGCAUUUUUCAAUGAUAUCCUCAGAUGCAUCUGAUGGCGAGGAUGACACCCUGUCCACAAAGCAUCUUGUAUGGUGGGUAGAGGAACUUUCUUCUUUUUUCAAUGAACUGGAC